AGUCCCACCCCACGAGCUCAAUUCGCAUCCUAGCCAACCUUGCCGAAUAAGGUCUUCCCGCAUCACGAGGCUCUAUGACGGAACUGUCACAAGUCGUGAUGCGGAAUACGCGUCAUGGAUAAAUAAAGGGGUGUGGACGUGGUUUUACGUGCUCACCGCCGGUAUUUCGUCAAAUAGAAACGUGCGGUUGGUCGUGUAGCCUACUUGCUACGUGUGACGAAUAAAAGAAUACAUCACUGACAGUGCGGUAUUUUCACUUGACUUCAGUCAGUGUCAGUGGGUCACCGAGAUACGUGCACACAAACGGGUGGUCACGACGCACGAGAAACACGGCAAAAUAGUCACAAACAGCAUCGUAUUUCGGGUACAAGAAGAUUGUGUGCCAAACCUCACGUCCACGCGGAAUUCAUCAAUCUUGGACGUUUCCACUCUGGCACGAUGGAGGGGGAGAAGAAGCAGGUAACAUGCUACCUAAUGUUUUCUUUGUCAACGGCUGUAAUUGGCUCCCUGCAGUUUGGCUACAACACAGGAGUCAUCAAUGCACCAGAACAGAAAUUGCGGGAGUUCUUCAACGCCACAUGGGUGGAGCGUUACGGGGAGCCCAUCAAACCGGGCGUGUGCACCAUUGUGUGGAGUUUUGCUGUGGCCAUCUUUAGCGUGGGUGGAAUGAUGGGAUCAUUCAGUGUCGGUGUCAUAGCCAACAAAUUUGGAAGACGUAAGGCGAUGUUCCUCGUGAAUAUCUUGGCUCUGAUUGGAGGGAGUCUCAUGGGUCUGUGUACUCUCUGCUACUCCUAUGAGAUGGUAAUUGCCGGUCGGCUGGUUAUUGGGCUGUUCUGUGGCCUCUUUACUGGGCUCACUCCAAUGUAUAUUGGGGAAGUGUCGCCCACUCCCCUCCGUGGGGCCUUCGGGACCCUGCACCAGUGUGGUGUUGUGGUGGGCAUCUUAAUUGCACAGAUCUUUGGGCUGGAGAGUCUGCUGGGUUCACAAAAGCUUUGGCCUUUACUUCUGUCUCUAACCGUGCUACCAGCCAUCCUGCAGUGUAUACUUCUGCCGUUCUGUCCAGAGAGCCCUCGCUUCCUGCUCAUUAACCUUAAUGAGGAAGAAAAGGCCCGCAAAGCACUGGUGCGUCUCCGUGGUUAUGAGGAUGUUGGGAAGGACAUGCAGGAGAUGAAGGAAGAGAGUGCGAAGAUGGCCAUGGAGAAGAAGGUGACCAUCCCAGAGCUCUUCCGCAUUCCUGCUUACCGCCAGCCUCUGCUCAUCGCUGUCAUGCUGCACCUGUCCCAGCAGCUCUCUGGCAUUAAUGCUGUAUUUUAUUACUCAACUGGUAUUUUUGAGUCAGCCGGAGUGACUCAGCCCAUUUACGCCACCAUUGGAGCCGGAGUAGUAAACACUGUCUUUACUGUAGUAUCUCUAUUCUUGGUGGAGAGAGCGGGACGGAGAACUUUGCACCUUAUUGGUUUGGGUGGGAUGGCCGUCAGUGCCUUGGCCAUGACAAUCGCUCUCUUAUUGAAGGACAAUGAGUCUCUACGCUACCUCAGCAUUGCUGCGGUCUUUGGCUUUGUUGCCAUGUUUGAGAUGGGCCCUGGACCCAUUCCCUGGUUCAUAGUGGCUGAACUGUUCUCCCAGGGGCCACGUCCUGCUGCCAUGGCUGUUGCAGGAUGCUCCAACUGGACAGCCAACUUCCUUGUGGGAGUCAGCUUCCCUAAAUUGGAGGAGCUGUGUGGGCCAUAUGUCUUCAUUAUAUUCAUGAUCUUGCUCAUCUUCUUCUUCAUCUUUACGUACUUCAAAGUUCCAGAGACCAAAGGGCGGACUUUCGAUGAGAUCGCCUGUGGUUUUAGUGGGUCUCCGCCUCCGGCUGCCACCUCUGUGGAGGAGCCAGGCAGACUCGCACUUCCAGCUUCUCCGGUCAAAGAGAAAGUCCCGUUAGUGGAAGCUUCCAAAUCUUCCACAGAACAUGGGCCCAGCUCAUCUGAGACCGCAAAGGUGGAAGGGAAACCUAGCUCAGUGACCCAGCCACUGGUAGAUUCUAAUAAAGAGGAGAAAAAUAAUUCCACCAUCUAAAAAAUAGUGUAACUAUAAAGCUAAUUAUGAUUAAAGCCAUGACAUGUAGUAUCACUGAAGAUAGAAAUAUAAAUAUAAUAUUAGAGGUUAUUUACUGAUUAUUUAGGGUAAAUUGAUGAAGAACAGAACCACACUGGAAUGCCACAGAUCACCUCUAUGAAAGGAAAUGAGAGCUCAUAGCACAUGAACUUAUAUUAUUGUGUAGUUUGACAAUUGAUGGUUUGGUGCAAUAUUGAUUCGCUUUAAUGGUUUUAUCCUUUUAUUGCUAAUUUAUUCCUGUUUGUAAGUUUUUGUGUGCAGUUUUAAUGUGAAUUAUCAAGUAGGACAGUUUCCUAUAUUAAAUCGAACUGGAAAAGGGAAUUUUAACAUAAUUCACUCACCAUUUUCUAUUGUCAAACCUCAGUUUCUUGCUUUUAGAAAAACCAAAAUGUUUUUUCUUUGGAAUGAUAGUCAGUUAUCAUCUUAAUCUAAAGGUUUUUGCACUGACCAUGUUCAUUUUGUAUGAUGUAUAAUGUAUAUACAGAUAUAUAUAUAUAUAUUUAAGUUUUCAUUACUUCAAAUCACUACUACAAUUUAUCCAAAACAUCUAUUUAAUUAGAAGGUUAAUUAACAAUAUUUAUAUUUGUAGGAAGUGCUUAGCUAGUAAAGCUUAUGCCAAGAAUAAAAUCGCUAGUUUACUGCCAAAAAUAAUACAUUCAAAGAAAAAAACUUAUCAGAUAAAAAAGUCACUCAUCUAAAAUCACAGUAAAGGUUGCAUUGUAUUGGACGCAAAAGGACUGACCAGUGUUCAAUGAAUUGUACCGUAUAUACUGUAUACGACAUAACUAACCAGACAUGUCCACAUUUCAGAUAUGCGCGAUAAAGAUUUUUAGCAAAUGAUGUGAUCAGGGAGGAAGUUUGCUAUUGAAUUUCCUGUGUUUUAGUGUACCAGUGUUACAUAUGUGCUGCACUGACUCACUUUGAGGUCCGACACUUUGUUUGAGUCCCUUUCCAAGAGAACAUAUAUACUAUAUUUAUUUAUACAUUUAUUUUUUUGCUUUGUCAAUAAUUUAUAUCAUGUAAGUCGAAUUGAUAGAUGCUUAAUGCAGCCAUCGCUUAUGUGUUGCUAUUUUGUCUAGAUAUCUUCAAGGUAAAAGUAUUUAUUAAUAAGCACCUGUAUUGUCCUGGGGUAAUGUGAAGAACUGCUUUUCCCAUUCCUAUCUUGUGAUCACGUAUGUGUUGCACAGAGAGAAAGAAAAAAAAAAAAGAAGUAAGAGAAAGACAACAUUCCACAGUUAGUGCACUGCGGUUGUAUUGCACAAUCCAGAGCAGCUUUACAUUAAGCCAGCCCUCUUCUAACACUAAGACAACCAUCUUAAUAACUGUUAAUGCCUUUCUCAUACUGUACACUUACUUUGCAUAAUGUACACAAUAUAUAGUUGCUGACUGUACAAAGUUAGAAGAGCAUCACCUUGUAAAUACCUAGGUUAAUGUUUGUGUUGAAUGGUGUAAUUGAUGUAAUUGCAAGUCAAAAAGAGUGUCUGCUAAACAGAAAGGUUGAUGUUUUGACAUUUCUAUAUUUUAUGGUGGCUUUUCCUGAAUGUGUAUCAAAUUCAUGAGUGCUACUGUGUACAGAUGUUGUAUUAUUUUGUGAAUAAAUAGUCUAAAUUAC